CUGCUCACUCUACCCACCAAAUUCCGCACACAAUCUAAAGUUCACAAGAACUCUAGAUUAACACUCAUUUUCACGUUUUUAAAAAGAAACGAAAAAGAAUUUUAAAUUUGUAACAAAGUCUAUUCACCCCCCCCCUCUAGACUUUGUAUCUCACCACUUUGGGACCACCAAUUGGUAUCGGAGCAAACUUCUCACUAUCUACGUUUAGAUUAACGAGAAGCGAUCAAAAUGGUGAACAAUAUGGAUCACGGUCUGCCCAAGUUUUCUCUUCUAGGUUAUGACGAUUGGAAGAUCAUGAUGGAAGCACACCUCUACGCUCUACAUGACUGUAUGUGGAUGGUGCUUGAGGAUGGACCCUUGAAAAUCCAAAUGGAGAAUCCUGAGAGGAAUCCAGAAUCUCCAGAUGUAGUCCAGUACAUUCCAAAGCCCAAAGAGAAAUGGGAUGAUAGAGAUUGCAAAAAGCACAAUCUGGACAACGUCGCCAAAGCAGCCAUCUUCAACACACUUGAUCCCAUCACCUUCUCCAAAAUCAAGCAUCUCAAGACUGCCAUGGAGAUAUGGCAAGGUCUUGGGAAGCUAUGUGAGGGAUCAGAGGACUUGAGAAAGCAGAAGAUAAAAGUCCUGCUUGAGAAGUUCAAAGGCUUCAAAAUGCUUCCCAGAGAAUCAUUUGAUAUGUUGGAUGAAAGAUUUCACAAAAUCUUAAAUGAUCUUGCCUCACUUAACCACGUUCUUUCUCCCAAAGAAAAGAAUGUAAGGUUGCUGAGAUCUCUUCCAACUGAGUGGUACACCAAAGCCACAGCCAUAGAAGAAGGAAGAAACCUGGAAAACUACACUGUCCAGGGUCUUCUUGAUGAGCUCAGAACCUAUGAGCACGAGCUGAAGAAGAAGAAGGAAGAACAAGUCACUCCCUUCCCCACGGCACUGAUGACAACUCCCAGAGUCCCAACAAGUGAAGGGACAUGCCCAAGGAGCUGUGACACACCUUCCUCCAGCCAGCCGUCAAACUCAAAAAUGGAGAACUACGAUGAGGAAUUUGUCAUGAUGGUCAAGCAAUUCCGGAAGUUCAAAAAGUUCUUCAAGAAAGCUGACUCAGUCACAAGGCCAUCCAAGGGAAAGCCACAGGUAAGUGACUCCCCUCCUGAAUCUUAUUUAUGUUAUAACUGCAGGAAGCCUGGCCACUGGAAGUCAGCAUGCCCGUACCCAAAGGUGGAGAAGUACGGAGAGAGAGAAAGGAACGAGAAGAAAAAGAAGGCAAUGGUUGCUGCUGAAAGUGAUGACUCAUCCAGCUCAAGCUCGGAUGAAGAAGCUCUCGUCUGCAUGGAACGCAGAGUUGAGAAGUCCAACCAUGAGGACCGGUGGACUAUGUCAGAAGAUGACCAUCUCUGCUUAAUGGCCAAAGAUGAUGCUGAACAAGAGGUAACUUCACAAGCCUCCUGCUCAUCUUCUUAUGAAAGCAUACCAACUUCUGAAAAUCUUUUUGACCAGUUCAAAAAGAUGAUGGUAGAUUUUGAGGAAAUAAAUCUCAAACACUCAUCCUUAACAGAGGAGAACAAACUAUUGAGUGAAGAGAAUCUCAAGUUGACUGAGGGUCGGAAAAGUCAACUGGAUGAGAUCACUCAACUCAAGACUGAAAAUGAAUCUCUCUCUGAAAAGGUGAAAUCCCUUAACAAAGAGCUAGGGAUACUUAAGUCCAAAGAAGCAGUGGACAAGCUUCUUGAAACGACCAACAAUAAGGGUCGUAAAGGACUUGGGUUUGACCCCUCUAGUUCUAAAAGAAAAGGGAGAACAACUUUCAUCCCUCCUAAACCUACUGCUAAACCAAAUAAGCAGAAAGUAAAGGAAAAGGAGAAACCAACAGAAGUUCCCAAAAAGGAAGCCACUAAGUACCCAGGUGUCUGGUACUUAGACAGUGGCUGUUCAAGACACAUGACGGGUGAUGCGAGCCUUUUGCGCAAUCUAAUUCCCUAUGAUGGUCCAAGAGUUACUUUUGGAGGAAGCAAUGAUUUUGGCCUUACCAAAGGGCUAGGAAAUCUGGUGUACAAGGGACUAACCAUCCAAGAUGUUUCUUAUGUAGAAGGUCUCAAUUAUAACCUUCUUAGCAUAAGCCAGUUUUGUGAUAAAGGUUAUUCCUUGGAAUUCUGCAAGGACAUGGCAUCUCUCAAGAACAUCUCCACUAAUGAAGUCAUUCUCACUGGGAAGAGAAUCAGAAACAUCUAUGAAGUGAUGUGGGACAAUGUCAAAGAAGCAUGCCUAAUCAGCAAAGGCGCUCAAGAACUCACUGAAUUUCUUCAAAUGGAGAUUCGCCUCAAAUACGAGGAAGAAGUUCUUGAAUUCUACAGGAAUGGAGAAGUCAAGACUGCCAAAUCUAAGAAGGACCCACAAAGGACGUUUCCAGUCAUCAAAUCAACUGUGGGAGGAAUCAAAGUGAAGCUUUCGCAGAAAAAUUUGGGGGAAAAGCUUCGCCUUCCCAAUUCUGGAGUUGAAGUUGGAAAACUCCCAGCCAAAAAUCUGGACUGGAAUGUUAUUGGAAAUUCUGGACAAAUUCCUUCUGGGCAAGCGAAGAAAGCAGAUCUGAACAACGACUACAAGUUGGUCUUGGAGUUGGUCAUCGCCUGCCUCGAGUGUGGAAGUGGAGUGAAAGGGAAGAAGUAUGAAACCAGAUAUUGGCUGUACUAUCUGUCUUCCAAAGGAGAGAACAGAGCUAGUGCUAGUGCCACUGCAGAAGAAAGCUCUUCAGACAAUUUGCCACUCAUCCAGUUGGCAAAGACUGCCAAAAGAAAGCAAGUGGUGUCCCCCUCCCCAAGCAUUGAAGCACCUCAGAACCUUGCCUUAGCAUGUUUGGAAGAAGAGGAUGAAGUCUCUGACCAUGGAGAACUUCAAAGGAAGAAGAAGAGGAAGAUCAACUCUCCAUCAAUCUCCGGAAAUGUCAAUCCGGAAGAGUUGAAGGAGAAGGAAAAUGUUGAGGAAUCCUCUGCUCAGAACCGGAGUCCUCAACAACUUGAAGAAGAAAUCCCUCAGGACCAAAGCCUUUCAACCUCAUCAUCUCAGCCUCAAACAGAUGAUGCUGAAAACAAAUUCUGGCAGCUGUACUUUCAUUGGAAAGCAUGGAAAGUUGGAAAUUCAGCAGACCAACUGUUGGAUUGGGACCAACAAUUGAAGAAUGAGCAAAUCAUCAAGAAGUGCUUAGGUAUUCCAGUCAAUCACAACUGUGAACAAAUUCUGGAUGACUACUGGGUAUGGCAAAGAAACUCUGAAGACCUACAUAUGGAGUACCUGGCCUCCACACCAGUUUCAGACUAUGAAGCAGAUGAUGAAGACACUGCAGUCUUCAAGCCAGUCUUCGCCAAUGCCACAGAAGAACAAAAGAUUCUGACCGCUGAAGAAAUAGCUGACUUGGAAGCAACAGCUGAGGAUUUUCCCAUCUUUCCAGAAACCUCACCUGCUUCUAAAAUGGUUCUGACUGGAGAAAAAGCAGCCUCUCCCCCACAAGAGCAGAACCAGGAACCAGCAGCAGAAGAAGAAUCUCAGCAGCUAAUCCAACCUCAGGUCUUAGAGAUCCUCACAACUCCUUGUGAGAUCUCCAACCAGCCAGAACCUGAGAUUCCGGAUAAGUCAACAGAAAUUCCGGAGCAGUCAGGGCAAGAUGUUGAAGUGCAAAGGCAUUCUGAAGAAGCUGACAAGGCCACUCAAAUGGAAGAAGUGGAGGUCUCUCAAACUCCAGCAGCCAUCUUUGAAGAACAGAAUGCACAUGAAGAUAGUGAUUCCCUAUCCAGAUACAUAUCAAAUUUUGUCCUUGAAGGAGCUGAGGGAAAAUCUGAAAGAAAAAUGAAGGUUACUGAUGAAGAAGAUGAACAAGAAGAUGCUGAAUCUCUUCCUUUGCAACUAUUCCAAAGGACUUCAACUUCUCAUCAUGUAACCAAUUUCCAUUUUCAUAGCUCUACCACUUCUACCCUUCCGGAUGAGAUACCGGAAGUCUGGACAAAGAAGGUCCAAGGGCUGAUUAAGUCUGCCCUAGCAUCUCAACAUGCCACCUUUAGGCAAGAGAUAGAGCAAAUGGAAGCCAAAUAUAGAGAACUGCUAGAAAAAUCAGAAGAAAAACAUAGCGCUGAUCUCAGGGAGAUAAGUAAAUCAGUAGACAAAACUCUAGAGAUCAUCUCUCUAUUGAGUAAAACUGUGAGCAACACGAUGGAAGUAUACACCUCUGACAGUCAACUGCAAUUCAAUGAAUUCAACAAAGUCAAGGAGCAUAUAGCCAGUGUCACAGUCAAUCUACAAAAGCAGAUGUCCCUUCUCCAAAUGGACAUCAGAGCAGCCCUAGCAGUAGCUUCAGCAAAUCAAGUAGUAAUCAAAGACUACUUGAAGGUGAUUAUUGACAACCAGAAGGAAGCAUACAAGCUGUUCAGACUUCUUGGCGCAAAGUCUGGGAACCGCAAGAUGGAAGUGAUCCUUCAGCAACACAGCCCAUCUCCAAUACCCCCUCUCCCAAUUGCAGUCAACGAAGGAGAAGCCUCUUACAUUCCUUCUCAUCUGAACAUGACUAACCUGAUUCUUGGAGCACAGCAAAGGAAUCCGGAGAACUCAGCUCAGCAUCUAUCCAGCGCAGGACUGGAUGAAACAGAAUUUGUAGGUGCAGUAGCUGAUCACUUCUCAGAUGAUGCUCAAGCAGAGGAAAGGCGUGAGAAUUUAAGGCGCAUCAAAGAACUCUGUGGCAACAUGCAAGGCAUCAGUGAGGUUGCCGGAUCUUCCAAGAGCAAGAGAAACUGAAGGUUUAUUUCAUCAAAUCAGGGGGAAACGCAUACAUUCAGGGGGAACUUAACUAGUUUUUGGCUAACAACUGUUUUUGGCAAUGAAUUAUUGAUAAGCGCUAAGCAAUGGAAGACGGAUAUCUCAGUUUUGGUACUAAAACUGGAAUUCUCCGAUUCAGGUACUUUACAAAAUCUGUCUUCUUAAACCUAAGCUUUAGUCCUUAAUUCAUUUCCAAAUUAGCUCUAAAAGUACUGGUCCUUAGGAUUUUUAAUAAUGUACAGGACUUUGG